AGCAGAUCCUCGUCCACCCAUGUUCCUCCGCAGCAGCGUUCUCCUCGCCUUUGCCGCUUCUGCCAGCGCCUUCCUUCCUGCUCCUGCUCCUUCUCUCCGUGCUACCUUCCCCUCCCACGCUUCUCUCUCUUCCCGAUCGAUCUCUCUUCGUGGAGGAGCUGCCCAGAGCAAGAUGAUUGACAUCACUCCCAACGUUUCUUUCGACACCAUUGCUCGCGAGUGGAGGUGCAAGUGGUCUGCUGACGCCGACAAGAAAUCUCUUGUUGAGGCUCAGAAUGCUCUCAACGAAAUUCUCGCUGAGGUCAAGAAGGUCGAUGGCGUUAAGAGCGUUCAGCGCGUUGUUUGCGGUGGAUGCCUUGACUUCAAGAUCAUCACUGCUCUCGAGGCUGACAAAUAUGGCAAGUGGGAGGAGGCCAAGUUCGCCCCUGAGGAGAAGUUCCUGGCCAAGAUCAAGGGAAUCCAGGGAAUCUCUCAGGUCGAGACUCAGACCUUCACCUUGAUGCCGAUGUAAAUAUCUGGUUCAUGAUGGAAUAAAUCUUUGAUGGAAAGCACAAGA